CAAGCGUAAUCGAUCGCCCGAUUGGAAAAUACAUUCGAUGCGUUGGAUUUUAAAAGUACCCUACCAUAGAAGUAUUACGAAGCAAGGUAAUUGAUCUGAAGCCACGAUGAGGAAAUUGACGAGAUGUAGGAUACUCCGCGAUGAAAGUUUGACUCGGAGAAAACUGAUCCUGUUUCUUGGCGCGAUCAUAUUCACCAUUUAUUUGCUUGUCCAAAGAAAUGAAGGAACAGCGGACCAUCAACAGACAGGAGGGACGCCAAUUUCAGGAAUCUGGCGUUCUUUGUAUCCAUUUCAUGCCAAUGACAGUCUAAGGGGCGAAAGUUUACCACUUGGACAGAUGCCAACAUAUGAACAACGUAAAGAGGCAAGAUGCGGUCAUAACUGGCAGAAAAGUUAUAUAAAACUACACCAGGACAUUCUUCAGGCACGGCGCCCACAAAAGUUUAUCGUGUUCACGUGCAAAGAAGAGGGAUACGAGUGCGCGGGUUAUGGAAAUAGACUUGGAGGAGUUACUUCACUUUUAUUUCUCUCUAUCUUGACACAAAGAGCACUUUUAAUAGACUGGGAUCAUGGAGCCCCGCUUGAACGUUUCCUUGUCCCAAAAGGUGUUCAGUGGAACUAUUCUAUGGAGAAUUUAAAACAUUUCGACUCAAGGAUACAUUUUUUAGGAAAAAAAGAACAUUUCAAGAAGACUCGAAGUGAUGUUUUGAAGCCGUGGAAAACAAAACUAGAUUUUCAAGCGUGGCUGCGGCAGGCAGACCUCUCAUCGUAUUUCGAUCACCCCGUUGAGAAGAUUGUCAGCAAUUGGAAUUUUGCAAACGCCUUGUUGGAAAAGCCUUUCCUUGAGAAAAACGUAAAUGAAUCGCUAAGAAAAACCAACAACUCCUUGGUAGGGUGUGCUUUCGAUUUCCUUUUUCUCAAGUCUAAAGAGCUAGAAAUCAGGCUAAGCACAGCUAGACACUCACUCGGUCUCACAAACAAAGUUUUAAAAGUGGGAAUUCAUAUAAGAAUGGGCGAUGUGGCUCUCCACAGAGGUUCAAACUCCAACAACCUUAAUUACAGGGCCUUUUUCUGUUGCGCACAAAAUCUUAGAGACGCUCUGGCGCAGCAGACAAGAGGUUUUCAAGGAGACAUCAAAUUGUUUCUAGCAACAGAUGAUAAAGAUGUCAAACAAUACGCACUCAUAAACUAUGCUUCAGAUGUAGUUACUUUGGACAUAACCCCGCAUCACAUAAAAUCACUCCAAGGAAGGAAGCAUCGACACUCAGAGCCAGUGGAGGGUAUUUUCAAUGUCAUGUUGGACCAUUUUCUGUUAUCUGAAUGUGAUUUCCUUAUUUUGUCAAAGAGUACUUUUGGUCGCACUGCGGCUGAGUUGAAGUUCCAUCCCUCACAAACAGUUAGGUUCGGACAUAAGAUUAUGCACUCAAAUGAUCACUGCGGCCGAGUUGAAGUUCCAUCCCGCACAAACAGUUACGUUCGGACGUAA